UAUAUAUGUGUAUAUAAAAGUACAUGUUGCUGUAUUCUGCAGAUCGAGGACUUCAAAGAACUUGACAAGGUCUCCCGAAACGUCAAAUCCAUCGCUAUCAUCGGAGGUGGAUUCCUGGGCAGUGAGCUGGCCUGUGCCCUCGGCAGGAGAUCAUCAGAGUUUGACCUGGAGGUGAUACAGAUGUACCCGGAGAAAGGCAACAUGGGAAAAGUCUUGCCUGAGUAUCUGAGCAACUGGACAACAGAAAAAGUCAAGAGCGAGGGUGUGAAAAUAAUCUCUGAAGCUUUAGUGAAAUCUGUGGUCUCCAAAGAUGACAAGUUAGAAAUCCAGCUGAAGGAUGGCCGAUUGGUGAAAACGGACCACAUCGUGGCAGCUGUUGGCCUGGAGCCCAAUGUGGACCUUGCCAAGUCAGCAGGUCUGGAGGUGGACUCUGACUUUGGAGGCUUCCGGGUCAAUGCAGAGCUGCAAGCUAGAUCCAACAUUUGGGUGGCGGGAGAUGCUGCGUGCUUCUACGACAUCAGACUGGGCCGCAGACGGGUGGAGCACCAUGAUCACGCCGUGGUGAGCGGGAGGCUCGCAGGGGAGAACAUGACCGGAGCCAACAAACCAUACUGGCAUCAGUCCAUGUUCUGGUGAGUGAGGGCUACUCCCCAUGUCCUGCU